CCCCCCCCCCCCCCCCCCCCUCUCUCUCCUCCCUACAAUUCACAAUUCGAAGGCGCAUCCUUGCCCCGGUAAGCGGCGGCGAGUCUACAGGUUUCCUGGGGCGGAGGCGAUGGCAGCCACAGGCAAGUUCAACCGGAGUAACCCGGCGGUGAAGCGGAUCCUGCAGGAGGUGAAGGAGAUGCAGUCUAAUCCUUCCCCUGAUUUCAUGGCCCUGCCCCUCGAGGAGGACAUUUUUGAGUGGCAAUUUGCUAUCCUGGGGCCCCGAGACAGCGAAUUUGAGGGAGGAAUCUACCAUGGACGGAUCCAGUUGCCCUCAGACUACCCGUUCAAGCCACCAUCCUUCAUGCUGCUCACGCCAAGUGGAAGAUUCGAGAUUCAGAAGAAGAUAUGUUUGAGCAUUUCCAAUUACCACCCCGAGCACUGGCAGCCAUCGUGGAGUGUACGCACAGCACUAGUAGCAUUGAUUGCUUUCAUGCCAACAAAUCCUGGUGGCGCAUUGGGUUCACUGGACUACAAGAAGGAAGAUAGACGAGCACUCGCUAUCAAAUCACGUGAAACACCACCAAAAUUCGGCUCCCCAGAACGCCAAAGUGUAAUUGAUGAGAUCCAUGAGCAAAUGCUCAGUAAAGCUCCACCUGUUCCACAACUGCUAACUGGCUCUGAAGAGGAGACUAACAAGACCGCACCCGACACUUCUGGCGAACCUGCUGUCAAGGCAGCAGAAGGUGUCAACACUUCUGGCUCCAGCUCUGGUUCUGCGAAUACUGACCUUCCAAAGCCUGAUUCGGAGUCAGAAGUUGCAGAAAACAUUGUGGGAGCUCAGUCCGAUGUAAUCCCCAGGGAUAGCGGUCCAAGAGUUGUUGCAGCACCGCAGAACCCUGUCGUCACAAUCCAGAAGCCAAAGCAUGACAGAUUGUUGACGUUGGCUGCAUUUGGGCUGACUCUUGCUAUCAUGGCUCUUGUGAUAAAGAAGUUCUUCAAAAUCAACGGCCUGGCUGGUUACAUUGAGGGCAAGUUUUAGGUAGGUUUGUGCAUAAGUGGAUGAUAUAAGAGGAGCGCCUGCAUUAUGCGUCUGUGCGGCUAUGUUAUCCUUACCAUAUCUUGUAUAAACCCCCUAAGAAAUGUAAAUGGUUGUUGUCUAGCUAUAGAUGAAGUUGGAAGUGAGAUGGUGGUACUACCCGUACCCUACUGUAUGUAGCACUGAUGGAAUACAUGAUAUUUCAUUAUA